AUGUCCACAACCGAGAAACCAGCAAUCCUCCUCGUCCCCGGCGCCUGGCACCCACCCACCGCCUUCGCCCCCCUCACCAAAUACCUCGAAUCCAACGGCUACCCAGUCGUGCCGCUCCCGCUGGCCACCGUCGGCGCCCCAGACCCACUCCCCAACUACGACCAAGACGUCUCCCUAAUCCGCGAAGCCAUCCUCAAGCACGGCCCCAGCGUUGUUGUCCUAACGCAUUCCUACGGCGGCCUCCCCGGCGCUUCCGCCUGCAAGGGCCUCCCCGACGGCGCCGUCUCCCAUUUCAUCUUCUGCUGUUCUUUCGCGCUGCCCGUGGGCGUCAGCCUCAUGGACGCUCUCCAGAACAAGCCCCUCCCCUGGUUCGACGUUUCCGACGAUGGUCUUACAGUCAACGCGAUGCAAAACGAGGAGAUUUUCUAUAACGAUAUUCAUGAUAAGGAGACGCUGGCGGAGUUGGUGGGAAGUCUGAAGCCGCAUAGCUAUAAGGCGUUUGCGAGCAAGAAUACGUAUGCGGUGUAUGAGGAUGUGAAGUGUACGUAUGUGGUGUGUGACGAGGAUAAGGCGAUUCCAGUGGGGGCGCAGUGGGGAAUGGUGGAGGGGGCGCGGAAGGCGGUGGCGGAGAAGGAGGGGGCGAAGGGGGGGAUGGAGGCGGUGACGUUGGAGGGGGCGAGUCAUACGCCGUUUGUGAGUCGGACGGAGGAGUUGGGUGUGAUUGUGAGGCGUUGUGCUGGGGAGGCGAUUUGA